UUUGAUCAAAGAUUAGUUUUUUUUCCUUUUUAAUAUCACAGCCAAAUCUAGGGAGGUAGAAGAAAGGAGCAAUCUCCUCUACCUCCUAUUCCUUGGCUUAUAAAUUUCAAAAUUUCCACCAACCCUUUUCUUUUCUCUUCCUUGUUAGGCUCAACUUGCAUUUUCAGAUUAUUAGGAAAAGCUGGGAUAAUAAGAUUACUAAUUUGGAAUUUAGCUCCAACUUAUUAUGGAUUUUGGGAAUUCUGGUUCAACUUUUUGUUCUUGCUUUAAUUCAUCUUCAGCACCAUACAUGUGUUCUGGAAUUGGAAGUUGUUACUCGCAACCCCAGAUCUUCAACUUUAUAUUGAAACCCUCUUCUGCUUCUUCCAAAUUCACUGCUGCUUCGUCUCCCUUUAGAGAACUCGCUUGAUCGUCUUCCAUUUUCACCUUCCCUUUCUUCUUCUUCUUCUUGCUGUAGGUAUAUAUAUAAUUUUUGUUAGCUCCAUCAUUGAAAUGAUGUCCAUAUCGUAUUUGGUGCCAACGGCAGCUAUGGCUCAUCCAACAUUUCCAGAUCACUGCUUCAUCAGGUAUGAUCAUCACCAUCGUAAUGAUCACAAGGACUUGAGGAGGUGGAGGAUUAGGACCAGUGCUGCUACUCGUGCUUACCCUCUUUUUUCCAAUCAGAUUCAGCUAACUAAAGAUUCUCCUUCCCGUCACAAAUUGUACCAGGAGGCUCUUAAGACUGCAAGGGACAAGUUCACUCGGGAGAUCUCCUUCCAGUCCAAGGAUAAAGACAUCUCUCUUGCUAAGGCUCUACUUUAUGUUGCGGCUGAAGACGAGGCGUACAUGUCUUUUAACCGAGAGAUGGACACUCGGUCUCUUCUGAAUGAAAGGAGAAAUGUUUCUUCCCCAUUGGAGAUCGAAGGCUGGAAUUCUUUGGAGGAAAUGCCUUUGGGUGGAAAGACCAUACCUGAAUGGCUAAGUGAGUUGGAUGCGAUUGCUAAAGAAGUCGAAGCCGAGCUAGUUUCAAGGGACAUAGGCUGCCAUCUGGUUGAAGUUUUGGAGGCAGUCAAUUUAGUUCUUUUUGAGUUAAGAGGCUUGACAAGAUCCCCCGUUCUUGUAGAUUCUAAGCAUUCAUACUUACACUCAGUACUUGAUUCCAGAUGUGGCAGUGCAAUUUUGCUUAGCAUAAUUUACAUUGAAAUUUGUCGGCGACUUGGUCUAACCAUAGUGGGAUCUCGAGUUGGGGAAGAUUUUUUGAUAUGGCCCCAGACAGGGUACCCAGAGGAACUCUUCAAAGUGACUUCAGGACACAGCUUGUUUGCUAUUGUCAAUGGAAAGUGUGUGGAGGACCCUAGAUCAAUGGCAUCAGAUUUAACCGGCACUUCACUUAGAGGUCUCGAGAUAGCUACGAACCGUGAUAUUAUUGGGAUUGCAUUAGCCAAUUUAAUUAGGCUUCACUGGAAACGUGCUUCAAGAUCAAAUCGCGGAUUGAUGCUGACUUCUCCCCUUAGGCAUGUUCACGAUGCCAGUGAGAAACCUAACAUGAUCGAUGAGUCCAAUGUCCCUUUGUUGCGCCCCCAAGAUCUUAGGCUAGCAAUAAUGGCUUCAGAAAGAUUGUUGAUUCUGCAGCCACAUAACUGGGCACUGAGGAGAGAGCAUGGCAUGAUGCUAUAUUAUAAUAGGGAAUACGGCAAGGCGGUGCAAGAGCUUAGCAUUUGCAUGGCCUUUGCUCCAGAAGAAGAGGCUGAGAUUCUCGAACCAUUCGUCGAGAAGUUGCAUUUAAUGCGGCUGGAAUCGUCGUGGAAGUCUUUGGGACACGUAGGUCGACUUACGGUUCCUUGAGUUUUGUGCAUAACCAACCUUUCUCCCUUUAUGUUGGUUUAAUGGAUGAAUUCUGCGAUUGUGAUUAGUUAGGCAGGCACGGGUUUUUGAUCACAUGAACAGACGAACUCCGAAAUAUAUAGAACUAUGUACCGGAGAUGUGAGCAAAUCCUGAGUUGUACUUGUCUUGAACACACUCCAAACAAGGGAAUGGUCCGUCUUCCCUGUCAUUUUCCAGUGGCUCAUUUGUUAAUGAGGAAACCGAUUAUUAAUCGGAACGGCCAUAUUUUAUGGUGCUCGUAUAUGGAUGACAUAUAAGUUAGAUAAUUUA